AUGGAGAGGGCACGAUUUGGGCUUAUCCUUUGUUUGGUUCUUCUCAUCGCUUCUCAGGAGAUGGUGGUGCAAAGCGAGGGAAGAAAGUGUGAUUCACAGAGCCAUCAUUUUAAAGGGAAAUGCUUUAGCGACACAAACUGCGCAUCCGUUUGCCAUGGUGAGGGCUUCACAGGUGGCGAAUGCCGUGGCUUCCGUCAGCGCUGCUUUUGCACUAGAAAUUGUUGAUCCAAAAACACACUCCUGUUCACUUCUGUUUUCUACUUUGCUACUUUCUCCUGUGGUGACUAUAUGUUAGACUCUCAAAUAAUGUAAUAACA